CCUGAAUUCACUUUGCACCUGCGUCCCAUGGUGCUGCGGCGUUCACCGAAAGGUCCCUCGGGAUUGGUUCGGCUACAACUGUACACUUGGCUACAUUUGCGAGGGCGAGCUCGACGUGCGCGAGCAAAGGAGACAGAGGCCGAUUUUGGUCCAUUGCUCUUGCGCCGCUGUAUCGCUGCCUGCGCGGGCGGGUCGGAGGGCGGUUACGAGGCAGUCCUUCGCAACCUCAAGACUGCUAUUGCAGCGCCCGAGAGCGAGAAAUCACGGUCCGGCCGGUGUCAUCAGGCGAGCCGCAACGACAUGGUAAUGAGGCUUGAACGGGCGCUCCGGCUUGAUACGGAGUGCCGACAAGGACAAGUACGAGUUCGAAGGCUCCGGAGUUCUGAAGGUUUGAGCUUCCUGUGAGCAGCUACCAAAAAGAGGUUUCACACAUGAAAAUGGGAAAUUGAACCCUUCAAGCCGCC